UGUGUUGCCUUGGCAAGCGACCAUGGAUCCCAUGGUAUUCCUUUUCGUGGUGUUGAAAAGCCUCAUCCAGUACCCACAGCCCGUGGCUGACGGUUUGGAUGAGGAAACACGUCUGCGCAUGGAAGCGCGUGCCAAGCUCCUGGAAUGGGAGAGGCUUCAGUUGGAGCAGGAGGUGGAACAGCUCACCCAGGAGCAGGUGAAGCAGGUGCAGCUCUUGCAGCUCUUAGCUGUUGCUGUGCUCCUGGCCCUUGUCUUGCUCCUGUGGUCCAUUGGGUGGAAAAGCAGCCAGAGGAGAGAGGAGGAUGAAGAAGAAAACCGUGGUGCCAAUGAAGAGGAAGUGCGCAACGUUGGAGCAAAUGAAGAAGACAAUGUCGGAAAUGAAGAUGUCAAUGCGGCUGUAAUUGCAGAAAACAACAAUGAUGUUGCAAAUGAAGUCCAAGACGAAAAUUAUGAUUUGGACGAUCACGUUGGACAAGUUAUAAUGGAGCGCAUCCAGUGGCCUGUACAGGACCUGCAGAGAGGCUGUGAGUGGACAACUCAGCUCAUGGAUAAUUAUGCAAUUUACUUUGGGCAUGUCUUGUCCAACAGCUUCUACCCAGUCCUGCAACGAGCCAUCGGGGUGGGCAGUGCCUUUGAAGGCUGGAGUCCCCGUGAGCAGGAUGUUGUCUACAGCGUGCUCAUCCCCAUGACUCCUCCCCGAGGCCACAGCUUCCAUCUGGAGCUGGAGAGUGAAGAGCAGAGGCAGGUGAGGAACUUCCGUGUCCGCGUGCAGCUGGAGUGCACCUGCAGCAGGGAGCAGCAGGCUGAGGACAUGCUGUGCUUCCUGCACCACCCCGAGGAGGAGCUGAGGAGCAAUCAGGAUCCCAGCCUCCUAGACACCCUGUGCACCGGCUCCUACCUCGACGUGCAGAAAACUGCCCGCUGGUUCCACCAGCUGGUGAGAGCAGUCUGGCCAGCUUUGCCUCAGUCACACAACUGGCAUUUAACACUGCUGCCCUCCACACGCUCCUGCCAGCUCAAGGUGACCUACGGCAAGGAAAUCUUCAGGAUUGAGAUGCUCUUUGGGGUGCGGAGAGGUGACUCAGCCGUCUUUGUGUGCAGCCAGCCUAGAGAGGCCUACACAGCAAACACAACCUGGCCCGAGUCGUACGCUGUGGCAGAGGUUGAGUUCUUCCAGCACAUUGCCAGGCAGGCCCCCCCUGACAGCUUGCACCUCAAAUGCCUGCAGUUCUUCACCCGUCUUCCGCUGGGCUUUGGCUUUUCCACCUACACCAUGAAGACCAUUGUCAUGCACCUGCUCAAUAUCAAAACCGUCUCAGCGUGGCGCAGGAGGGACCUCCUGGAACGAAUGCUGGAUAUCAUCAACAGCCUGUACGUAUGUGUGCGAGCAAAACGCCUCAACCACUUCAUUGUGGGCAACCAGAGGUUUCCUCAGGACAUCAAAUUACCUACAGAUGUUCAAAGGGCUGAGCCAUACAAUGUCCUCCUUCGCCUCGAGCAGCAGCCGGAUGCCCACAGCCAUGCGCUCUAUGAGUACGACAUUCUAGAAAAGUGGUUCAAAAGAAUCCUUCUGGGUGAGGAUUGACCCAAUGAAGGGGAGGAGUCAUGGCUAUGAGCACAGAGCUGUGCUUGUGCUGCUUGCAGCUGGCAGGAGAGAGCGACCUUGCCGUGCUCAUUUGGUGCUUUAAGGAGAAGUGGACGCCUGCAGAGUCUGUGGUGAAGGUCCCACUGCCUCUCUGCCGCCUCAGCAUGUGCAGGGCCAUGGGCGGGUUUGUUCUACCUGCUUGCAUCUUUUCAUUUUCUAACACAGCCCCCAGACUGCAUUGAGCCCUGCUUGCCUAGGAACUGUCUCAGUGAUCGAAAAGCACAUGAAGAGAACAGGUGCCGGGCCAAAGUCUACAAACCCCACCUGCGACUUGCAGUUUUUCCUGGCCGUUGAGAAGGACCAGAAUGU